UCAGCUGCAGAUUAAUCGGUAUUUAUUGAGUAUUCCGGGGGGAAUCUGCAGCGGGGCGGUUGGGGGGUUUAUGAGCGGGUGAUUUAUCGCGGUUAGCGAUGCUGUCGGAGGGGAGCGGGGCGGAGAGCGGGCCGGAGGGCAGCGCGGGGUUCCGCGGCCGGCUGGCGGCGGUGAUGGCCGCGGUGGCGAGCUCGGCGGUGGCGGAGAUCAGUAAGCUGUAUGAGGACGGGCUGCUGGUGCUGCGGCUGGAGGUCUGCAGGAAAGACUCGGAGAUAGAGGCGCUGAAGGAGAAGCUGGAGACGCUGGAAAACGAGCUGAAGAGCUUUAAAGAGACCCCGAUCCCGGAGACCCCCAGCAACACUGCGCACCACCCUCCCCCCAGCUCCGCACCCAGACCAGGUCAUGGAGAAUGCCUGGAUCGAACCAGUCAGCACCCAGUUCUAAAACAUCUCCCGACACCCGAUUCUGUGGGCGUGACUUGCAGAAGAGCAGAGGUUCAAGCUGGUAGCAGCCACUGUACUGUAUCAACUGAAGGAAGGAACCUGCAGGCCACCAUCACGAAUCACACAAAUCUGACCAAUCACAAGGACAGAGAGACAGAGAGCCCACUCCUGCAGUCUCCUGUGGAGGAUCUGACCAAGGUAGACCUCAGCGAUGAAGAUUUUGGUGGACUAGAGCUUCAGAUGAAGAUGGAGGAGGAGAUACAGUCAGAUCUUCUGAACAAGAGCGGAGAGAUAGCUGUUCCAGAGUGCAUUGAGAUUGAGGACAGGGAAACUCAGAUGUGGAGACAGUUGUCUGCUGGUGUGGUGAGUGAUGUGGACAAUGCUACAGAAGAUACAGAAGACUCUGACUGCACAUUUCUAAACGAACAGGUUCCUCAGUGUGCAAACACAGAUAGACCUCAUUUGCUCUCCAGUGGGCGUGGCACCGCUUCUGGCUUGCCUGCAUCGGUUAGUCAAAGAUCAACUAGUCUCAAUGCAGAACCGAUGAGGCAGCAGAGCCGGAUCCAGCCCCAGUGGAACGAGGCAGCACCCGUAGAACCUGUGUUUAACCCACUACAUCAAGUUCAGCAGCCGCCGAUGUUUUCCCAGCAGAGAGCAGACGACAUGAACCAGCAACGGCUACUAUUCCCCACACCGCCUCAAAAACUCACCCCAAGAACUCACGACCGUCUCCCAUUAUCCUACAAUAUAAUGAACCCUAACCCCGACAGAAGCAUCUUCACAAUGGACGACAUCAACUUAGGUAGAACCACCACGUCUCCUCAGAGGAGAAAACCUGUAAAAGAGAAGUGGUUCAUCUGCUCGUUCUGUGGGAAGAGUUUCGACCGCUUCAGCCACCUUCAGAUGCAUCAGAGAAUUCACACCGGAGAGAAGCCCUUCAGUUGCAGCACCUGCGGGAAGAGUUUCUCUCAGCAGAGUAACCUCCGCACACACCAAAGAACCCACCGAGACGUCAGACCUCAGACUAAAGCUUUUUAAAUGGGAGAUAAAAAAAAAAACACAUUAAGAAAAGUGAAUUUUUGAAGUGAACUUUUUAAUCCCUAGAAGUAAACCCAACACCCAACAAGUCGUAUCAGUUCUUGCCUCAUUUUAGAUGUCUUAUUUUUUACAAUAAACAAACAAAAAAAAACUAAGUCGACAACUUCUGUUACAGUCUUUACAAAAUGAUGUGCAGCAAAAU